AAUGUCGCCGUUUCCCGCGGUUCUGAACGCAACUCGGCUUUACUUGCCCUUUAAGUGUGGAUGAAGGCGAUUGAGUAAUUUGAUGAAAGAGGAAGAUAAAGCUGAGGAAGAGGAGGAGCUAUAGCGAACCGAAUGGAGGAGAUUUCCAUUCCAGUGUCUAUUUACCGGUGACUCGUCGAAGCGGACUCGGCCAGCGCAGCAAUGGAGGCGAGCGUCACCGUGACGAUGGCGCUCAUCGGGUUAGGGUUAGCGUUUCCCGUUUUGACUUUCUGUGUGACCUCGUGGCUCUGGCCCGCUACGAUCAUCCAGGCCUACAACUGGUUCAUGCGUUACAAACUAGGCCUGGUGGUUCGCUACUCGUACAGCGGGAACUACCGCUUCUGCUAUUUCAGCCGCGGGACGCCAGGAGGCGCCACACCUUCCUUGCUACUCCUGCACGGCUUCUCGGCUUCCAAAGACAUGUGGUUGCCCUUUGCCAAGUACAUCCCCAGCGAGCAGCACAUGCUAUGCGUGGACAUGCCGGGACAUGAGGGGACCAGCCGUACCGGGUCUGAGGACUACAGCAUUCAGGGCCAGGUUGCCCGAAUCCAUCAGUUUGUGAAGAGCGUUGGUCUGGACAAAAGACCAUUUCACUUGGUGGGCACAUCCAUGGGAGGCAACGUAGCGGGCGUAUACGCCGCCACCUACCCAGCGGACCUGUCCGGUGUGACCUUGAUGUGCCCCUCAGGUUUGGUGUAUCCCACUGAGUCCGAGUUUGUCACUCAUCUGAAGGAGCUGGAGAAAAACCCCGAGGGGUCUUCUAUUCCUCUGAUUCCGUCCUGUCUGCAAGAGCUGGAGGACAUGUUUCGCCUCUGUUGUCAUAAGCCUCUCAAGAUGCCGCGACAGGUGCUGCGCGGCUUACUGGACAACAGGAUCCGCCACAACCACUUUUACAGAGAACUGUUCAUGGAGCUGGUUGCAGAAAAGUCUCGCCACUCUCUUCAAGAAAAUCUACAUUUAAUUACGUCACCGCUGCAAGUACUUUGGGGCAAGCAAGACCAGGUUCUAGAUAUGUCCGGGGCAUCUGCAGUGCAGGCGGUGGUUCCCCACAGCCAGCUGUUUUUGUUGGACAACUGCGGCCACACCAUAGCGUUGGAGAGGCCCAGGCAGGCGGCGCGGCUUGUCAUGGACUUCCUGUCUGCACAGGAAGUGGACAACAAGGAUGUGAAGAAAAAAGUUUCCUGAAAUGGAGAUUGACUUACUGUAGUAUAGAAAUUAUAUGAUGACUAUAUAAUAUAGGAUUAUUAUGAAAUAUUUAUUUACAUUCGUGAUACUGUACCAAUGUGCUGUAUAAGAAAUAUCCAUUGUUUUAAUUUUUGACGAUUUUAAUGCAUUUCUUACUUAGUUUGUUGCAGAUUUUGUUUUUAGAAUGCAGACUUUUAAACCUCAACAAAGAACUUUGAAUGAUCAA